GACCUCUAUAGGAUGGUUCUCUGCGAAGUUUACGAGAAUUCCUAAUUCAUAAAAGGUAGAGGAAUACCUUUCAUACAAGAUCGUAUACUCAAAAAUUGACAUCUUUCACAAUGUGUCGACAAGCAAGCUGUCCGACCUGCCGUAUGUCCCUAGCCCUCUCAUCUAAACGCCAUACUAACAUUUCUGGCCUGGCAGAGAAGGAAACCUGGUUUGGCUGCGGUGAACAUUUACCAUCCGUCUUCUCUUCAAUUCCAGCCGAUCAACAAUGUACCUGCAUACCGAAGUUUAAGAAAGACGGAGUUGAAUAUCCUCCGAAAGUUGGGACUGGAAAAUCGCAGGAUUCCGGAGAUGAGGGAGAUAUUGUUAUACAUGACUUAAAGAGAAAUGUUUGACUAGCCGACAUGCUGAAGAUGGUGGUACCAGUUGCCUUGGGCAUUGUGGUUUGGUUGUGGUGGUCAUGAACGGCGUGGGAGGCAUUUUGUUGGGAGGAUAUCUUCUCGUUUGGCGUCCUUUCCGAGGUUUUUAGGACAGGACGUAUUAGUGUUGCUGGUGUGUAAAGAUAUGGACUUCUGCGAGAUUUAUGGAACCGGUGGAGUUGAACUAAAUGAAACACCUGAAAUGUUUGAGAUCUUCGUUC